AUGACAUCACAUGACCUGAUAGUCGAUGGAUCACGUGGCUACACACUUCCCACAAUCCCUGGUAAACACAGCGACCUCAAAUCCAUCAGCGCAGACACGAUGGCGGAAGUCUUGAAUGGAGUCUACAGCGACCGCCUGCAUAAGGUGACGAUCGUGGACUGUCGAUAUCCGUACGAGUUCGAAGGAGGUCACAUCCGCGGUGCAGUUAACAUGUACACGAGGGACGCUGUAAAUAGUCUCCUGGAGACCCAGACGACAGCAGGGAAACGUCACGUGCUCAUCUUCCACUGUGAAUUCUCGUCCGAGCGCGGACCAAGAAUGUACCGGCACUUGCGCAGUCAGGAUCGAGCCUUGAAUCAGGAUCAUUACCCGAAACUGAACUUCCCGGAAGUGUACCUCCUCCACGGUGGAUACAAAGCCUUCUAUGAAUCCCACGGUGACCUAUGUGACCCCGAUAGCUACACUCCCAUGUUGCACCUAGAUCACUGCGCGGACCUACGUCACUUCCGUGUCAAGUCCAAAACGUGGACCGCCGGUAGUGAGAAAGUCAGCAGCAGGCGACAUCGCAGUCGGAUUUUCCCUUCCGGUCUAGACUUUUAGUAACGUUAGAUAUUAUUUGUACGUGUGCCAUUGU